AUGCUGGCCAGCGGGGCCGCAGCGUCAAGGGUUAGAGAGCACAAGGAAACUACAAAUAGUACUAGUAAUAUCGAUCGCCAAUAUCAGCAAAACCAACUACAACAACAACAACAACAUCCGCAGCAUCACGAACACCAUCACAUGACACAGAAACAAUCACAACAAUCCUCGAAAUCACGAUUAUUGUCCUCCUCAAUAAUAACUACCUCCUCCACAACCUGCGACCAGGGCAGUACCAGUAGUAGUAGUGGUAAAAUGAGUAGUGGUAGACGUAUUAAAUUAAGUCAUGCACGUUUCUCUCAUAUCGAUCCCAUUCUAUCACCGACCUCACCACAAUCACCCCUGCCAUCACAGAGAUCAUCAUCUCAGCAACAACAACAACAACAACUGCCACCCGCCACACUGUCAUCAUUGUCCCCGACACAAUCACACCUGCCACCCAGUGCAUCCUCAGAUGUGGUAACGCUAUUGCCUAUGCAAGACAAAACGGAUAUAUUCCAUUUGCAUCAUUCAUCAUCCAACAAUGAUCAAGUACAUUCCUCCUCCAACUCCAACUCCUCCUCCGCCCCACACAAUUCCAAUAUGUCGUCGUCCGCACAUCAUAUGAAAUCACAGCAACAACAACAACAACAGCCAUCACAACAACAUUAUCAAAUGCUCAGAGGUCGCCAUAAAGACUCAGAUACUCAGAAUACAAAGACCGAUUAUGCCACAUCUUCCUUCACCAACAUGGAUGAUCUGACGAAUGCCAUACGCAACAAGGUUAUUGUCGAAGAAGACGAAGAGGACAUAUUGAGCAGUGAUAACACCUAUUUAUAUUAA